AUGGACUCCCAAGCUGUUGCACAACAAAUGGAAAUUUCAAAACUGCUGAAUAAGCAGAUAAAUGUCGCUCAAAUGGAGUGCAAAAACCUAACCAUACAGCUCUCCAGAAUAAAGCAAAAUGGCAGGGAUGCUACCUUACAAUCACUGGCCAAUAACUGUGGUCAAUCAUUGAGUGCGGUUAAUCUCCGGAGGUAUCGUACUUUGAAGGGACAUUUUGAUAAGGUUGCUGAUAUUGCAUGGCUCCCUGAUGGAAGGCACAUUGUUAGCGCGUCGCAAGAUGGCUUUCUUCUCGUCUGGGAUUCAACAAACGGGUUCAAAAAAGAAUUAAUUGAACUGGAUGACCCAUGGGUAAUGUGCUGUGACGUUUCACAUGAUGGGAGACUUGUUGCCACCGGUGGGUUGGAAAAUGCCUGCAUAGUUUAUAAGAUGUCGGUUAAGGGGACUGGCCCACAGCAGCAGUCUCCAUUAGGAGCAGAUGGAAGCAGGAAAAGCUCUUUGCUAUCAGUCUUCAAAGGUCAUAAAGAGUAUAUAUCGGGACUUUCAUUUCUUGCCGGUUCAUCUUCGCAAAUUGUUACUUGUUCCGGUGAUCGCUCUUCCAUACUAUGGGACACAACAAAAGGAGGAAAAGUUUCAACAUUUUAUGGGCAUUUGGGAGACGUGUUAUCAUUAUCACCUAAUCCGACAGAUCCCAACAUAUUUGUGACAUGCUCGUGUGAUCGUAGGGCACUCCUUUGGGAUAAAAGAUCGCCUGUAAGUGUUCGUCGGUAUGUAUCAGCAGAUAAUUGCGAUGCAUCCGUUGUGCGAUUUUUCCCCGAUGGUCAUAGCUUUGCCUGUGGUUCGGAUGAUGGCACGAUCAAGCUUUUUGACUUACGUUCGGAUGGAGAUAUUGCGACAUAUGGUAUUGAGAAUGUUAGACAAUAUGCUAUGCACAAUAACAUAGCUCCAAUAUCAAUGUCACCAAAGUCAUUUUCUUCCAAUGAAGAGGCAAAAAUAGCGAUGGGCUCGAUAGCCGGAUCUAUGGAAUCGUCGCUCGAAUCUUCCAUUGAUAAUCCAGGUGUUAUAUCGAUGUCCUUCAGUAAGAGUGGCCGUUUGAUGUUAACAUCAUAUGCGGAGUAUAGUAGUGUGAUGAUCACAGAUACUAUAACAGGACAAAUUCUUGGCUCCAUGGGUGGUCAUUCGGAUGUUGUCAGUAGUAUAUGUGUUUCUGAGGAUGGACUUGGGGUUGCAACUGGAAGCAGGGAUUACACAGUUAACAUAUGGUCGGUAUAG